AUGAACACCGACGACAACUCCUCCACUCUCAUUGACGAUGAAAUAUUUUCCAAUGGCGGCGAUGAUGACAACCGCAAUAACCACCGUCAGAUCAUCAACACAGACCAAUUUGACAUCAAGGCAUACGCCAGCCUCUACUCUGGCCGCACUAAGAUCUUCCGACUCCUCUUUAUUGCUAAACAUUGCGGAGAUAACUUGAUGAUGCAGUUGGAGGCGCUUCGUAUGGCCUUCGACGAAAUCAAGCAAGGCGAGGAUACGUCACUCAUGAGGGAAGUUGUUAGCAAGAUUAAGGGUCGUUUGGGACCUAACUAUACUGUUGACGACACUUGGUAUUUCACCAUUGAUAAGAAAGCAAAGCUGAAGAAGGAGAAACUCGAGACCGAGCUUAAUUCCUUCAGGACAAACUAG